CUCCGCUCGGUAGGGGCAAACAGUUUUUGAAGAGUUGUCAAGAGUUUCAGAUUCCAGCAGGAGUCAACUCCCUCUCGUUCCCUGUUCAUCUUAGAGUUUGACAACUAGACCGUCUUUUAUUCUCUUGAAGCUGCGGAGUUCAUUUCCUUCAGGCGCACCGGACUCCUCAACUGCACAACUGCCUUCAUAUUUUCCUCUCCACAACUCUUGAUAAACAGCGUACAUAGUUUUUGUUAAAGAUGACCUGGACGGUGAGCAGUUGUUUUGUUACUCUGGCCGUCCUGUUCCUUUGGCGGGUGGAAGAAAUAGCAGAAGCAUGCAGCUGCUCCCCAGCGCAUCCUCAGCAGGCGUUUUGCAACGCAGACGUCGUUAUCAGGGCAAAGAUAGUUGGAAAGGAGGAGAUUGACGUUGGCAACAACAUCUAUGGAAACCCCAUCAAACAGAUCAAGUAUGACGUCAAACAGAUCAAGAUGUACAAAGGCCCCAGUCAGGACAUCGAUGCCAUCUACACUGCUUCCACCUCUGCAGUGUGUGGAGUGACUCUGGAGACUGCCCAGGAGUAUCUUAUCACAGGAAGAAUGGAGACUGAUGGUAAGAUGCACGUCACGCUGUGCCAGUUCAUUGAGCCCUGGGACACCCUGAGCGAGACCCAGAAGAAGAGCCUGACUCAGCGCUAUGCAAUGGGCUGUGAAUGCAGGAUCACUCGCUGCACCUCCAUCCCCUGCAUGAUCACCAGCCCAGCUGAGUGCCUGUGGACAGACUGGGUGAUUGAGAAGACUGUCAACGGAGAGCAGGCCAAACACUUUGCUUGUAUCAAGAGGAGCGACGACUCUUGCGCCUGGUACAGAGGAGCUGCGCCGCCCAAAAAGGAUUUCCUGGACAUCGAAGACCCUUAACUCCACCACUGUCCUACGGUCUGAAGAUGUCUACAGUCGAGAUACAUUAAGAUAUAAAUACCAAAAACAGAAAUAAAUAAACAAGUCAAAUUCUCUUUUUUUUUCUUCUUAUUAAGAAAGCUGCAGGGUGUGUGCUCCAUGGUGAGGUUGGGGAGGAAAAAAAAUGGAAUUGUCAUGUUGUUGUUUUUUUUUAGUUGCAGGACUCAUUGUUUUUUAUUCAUCAGUCUUAUGAAUUCAGCACUUUCUGAUGCUUUUACCCCGAAAUCUAAAGCACUUCCUCAUAAACCACUUCUCUGUCAGCUGAAAUAAAGGGAUAAUCGUCACAAUUCAGUGUUACUUCACAGUACUUCUGUUUCUGUGCUAGUAAUUUCCUUUUCAACCAAAGGUAUUGUUUGAAAUGAACAAUAAUUCUGUAAUGAAACACAUACACACCUAAAGCUCAAAAGUCUAACAAUUCUGUGAAAAUGUAUGUUGGUUAUUAACAUUAGUUGGCAGUCGGCAUCCUGAUUUGUGACAGCAGAGCUACCACAAGGAAUUAUUGCCACCUUUUGCCUGUCCUACUUUAUAUUCUUUCUUGUGCUUAGUAUGCAAAUCUUUUUGCUUCUGUUUUUUUUUUUUUUGUUGUUGUUUUUUUUUUAAAGGUGUGGCAGACCUGUUUAGAUUAAAAGAGUGGCAUGUUAAUGAUACACAUUUCAUAUGCCAGUUUGUGCACACAAUCUAUGCUUUGGUAAUUGUUUCUCUUUAAAUAAACCUGAAUAGACAAGAAUGCACUUUGAACACAAUGAUCGCAGCAGUCAUAUUGUCACUUAUGAAAAAUGUCUGAAAAAGAGGAUUGAAUCCUCCAUUUUGUAUUUUGUUUUUGUUUUUUUUAAUUAUUUUACGACUCUUCUCUUUAUAAUGCUUUAGUAAGUGUAAGAGCAUAUUUUAUUUAAGGAGGUUAUAUGAUUCAUCAUAAUCUAUUUGAAAAAAAGCCCCCAUUUUGAUACUUUUUAUGACAAAUGACACCAUCAGUAUUGUGUAAAGAGAAUACCUAAUAUUUUAACAGUAUUAGCAGAAUACACACAUUUUACAUGCAUUAAAGGUCAAAUCAUAGGCCUAACUGUUAACUGUCGGACUGGCUCAUCCUCUUGGGCAGUGAAUUAAAGAACACACUUUAACCAAUCAUCAGUUUAUUGCAAGAGCCAUACAAGUGUUGAUGUCAUGUGACUUUAAGAAUUAAUAUGAGAGUGUAAAAAAAUUCUUCAUUUGAAACUGUAGUCAAGUAUGAUGUCUUGUGCUGGUUUCACAUGGGACUUUUGAGAUGAGAUGAUUUUUGCAUGCAUGUCCAACUGAAACAAUACUGUACAUUUGACUAUUAUAUUAAAUGCCAAACCCUGUUUUGA